CUGAUGUGGUUCCUCCCUUUGGAUUAACAGAGCUGAAGUUCAGGGAAUACCGAUGUGUUGGCUAUUUGUAUUUUUUUAUGAUUUUGCUCAGUUUUGUUGAAAACCUCCGAGUGGACAUCAUCAGUGGAAAAGUUGGAGAUAACAGUUGAACAAUUUUAUUUUGAAUAAAAACAGGCUGAUCUAAGGGUAAAAGACAAAAGCAUAGUGACAUCAGCCAACACGUUUCUGCUUCCCUGAUCAUCGCAUGCUAGGAAAGACAGAAAUGAAGCAAAAAUCGUUUUAGAAUCUCAAAACAUCGUAGGCUAUUGCUGGUCCCUCUUGUGUGGUUUACAAAUGGGGAACUUAUAUAAACUCUGUGUCCAUAUUUGGCCCCUGAUCCUCAGCUUGUGAAAGCACUUCUCGAAUGAAUGCUCUAUCGCUUUCUUGCUGGUUAAAUACUGUUAUAUGAGAAGAUACCACUCUCAUGUCCGCACAAGUAACAGACAGACAGCUUAGCACAGACCUAAAGACUGGUAACAGGAAGAAACGGUGCAGCUCUGAAAUGCAAAAAUGACAGUUUCAAAGGGGUUAUAUGCAGGAUCAUUUCUUGGCUGGGUGCAGUUACUUCCUUCUUUUUGUUCAGCCUUUUUCCUAUGUGGUUCAAGAAUGUUAAAUAGCUCCUCAUAUACUGGUAGCACAGAACUGUGUUCAGUGACUUAUGUGCUCAAAGUUUAGUCAUGGGAAAAUCUAAACGUAAUGGAAAAUGCCCUGCUAUAAAUUUGCUUUUUGCAUGUCUGGAAAAAUACUUCCUGUAGGCCAAUAAUUAGAGACGGAUUUCUUUAAAGAUUUCACUUCAUUUGGUUAGACAAAAGCAGAUAUAAGUCCUCAACAGAAAGAGCAUAUAAAGUGGUCCCAGUCACUUAUUUAGUUUAGUUCAACUGUCAGCAGCAGUCAGCAGAGUGUUUGUUUCAUCAUGGCUUUUACAGGGAAAUAUGUUCUGGAGAGCCAGGAGAACUAUGAGGACUUCUUAAAGGCUCUUGAAAUUAAAGACGACAAAGACCACAGCAAUGAAGAAAUAGUAACAGAUAUCUAUCAGAAUGAUAGCUUCAGGUUGACCAAAUUUUUGAUGAACAAGACCUGGAACAACACAUUUCUCAUCGGGAAGGAGAGUGAACUGGAAACUCUUGAUGGCGAGAAGUUCAAGACCACUGUCACUUUGGAAGGUGGUAAACUCAAGAUCCAGUUCCCCAAAUACCUUUACACUGCUGAGAUAGUUGAUGACAAGCUUCUUGAGGUCAAUACCAUCGGUGCUGUUACAAACAAGAUGGUUAGCAAGAAGACAGAAUGAACUGCUUCAUUUAAUGAGACCUGAAAAAGUUGCAUUUGAUCCAACAAUAAAUCGUUGUAU